UAUCCGCUCGUUCCCACCCUACUGCUCACUCCGCCCCCCGCGCCCGCUUCGUCGCCCGCCGCUCCGAGUCCAUCUCCGUCCGCCAGCUCCAGCGCCCUCUCAUCGAGUACAUGCGGCUGCCGGCCAGCCAGUACUCCGUGCUGGACGCCGAGCGCAUCGAGCGCGUCGACGACCGCACCUUCCGCUGCUACGUCUACCGCAUCAAGUUCUUCGCCUUCGAGGUCUGCCCCGUCCUCCUCGUCCGCGUCGACGAGCACCCCUUCGGCUGCUGCAUCACCCUCCUCUCUUGCAAGUUGGAGGGCUCCCCGCUCGUCGAAGCUCAGAAUGAUAAAUUUUCAGCUUCCAUGGUGAAUAAAGUUUCCUGCAACGAGGAUAUGCUAGAUUCGGCAUUCCAGCCACUCACAUCAGAGACUCUGAUCGAGGUUACAAUUGAAAUUCCAUUUGCAUUUCGAGCAAUACCAGUGGAAGUGAUUGAAUCAACUGGUAGGCAGGUCCUUGAGCAGCUAUUGAGAAUAAUGCUUCCGCGAUUUCUUAAGCAGCUAGUAAAGGACUACCAAGCAUGGGCUUCGGGUGAUACCUCGAGGCAGCCACUCGGCACCGGUGAAAUUUGAAGCAAAAGGCGCUCAGAGAACUCUGCUCUGUAAGCCUCCACCUCUGCUCCUGGUUUCUUUGACUUUGUUAAAUUAUUCAUGUUUAUGUUAAUUAUGUAGUGCUCAGGUAUUUGCUUCUUAAGUAGUGUACAACAAAAACUGAAAUUUGAUGAACAAUUUGUAUUCCUAUGUUCGUCUUCUUUUUCUUCAUUUUUCUUUUUUUCCUGUAUGAACAGUUUUUAGAAUCUCAGGAAUCAAAGCUAUGGUGAUUGUCAUCUACUUGUAA